UUAUAAUGAUAAGCAACGUGUAGAUCGGCGGGGCUUCGGGCCGUCGUAGCCCCGGGAACGGAAGCGGAGAAUCAAGCAACGCUGACGGUCCCUCCGUCAUUCUUCACGUCCCCCUGCUUCUUUACCUCGAAUUCCAAGCUCCCCGACCGCAACGUCAUAGUUUGCCCCCACAAAUCAUGGAUAUAGCAUAUGACCACAUCCAGGAGGAGAUCUUCACCUCCAACGAUGCCUCCAAAAAAGAAGACUCCAAGGACCAGUCGACCCCCGCCGACCGACCCAACGUCGACCUGAACACCGAGCUGCAGGAAACCUUCCGCGCAUUCUCCGCCAGCCCCUGGGGUGCCCGCAUCGGAGGAUUAUGGGACAACGUUCGCAAACAGGGCGAGAGCUACUACGAAGGCGCUAGACAGGAGUAUGCCGCUGCCAGCGAAGAGGCGGUCAAGGGCUUCUCGGACCUAAGGGAGACUAUCGUCGGACGUACGCGUGGGCUGUCCCUGAGCACACCCUUCGCUGGUACAGGAAACGCCGAGAAGACGACGGAUGAGGCCGCUACGCCUACUGCGUCCCGCGCGGGAGAGGGCCCGGCCGUGGAAGGAGGAGAGACCAGCGAGAAGAGCGUGGAUGGUGCGGGCGCAAACGCAAACGCGGGCGAGGGGUUCCUAUCCCGCUUCAAAGCCGAAGCAGGCCGACGGUUGAAGGAGCUCGAGAAGGCGGAGGAGGCAGCCGACGAAGCCAUCUUGCGGUUUGGACAGAAUAUCGGCCAGAGGCUGCGGGAUGCAGUGAGCAUUGUGCCGCCGGGUACGGAUUCCAACAAGGUCUUGUUCGAGAGUAAGGACUCGGAGGGCAAGCGGGUUAUUCAUGCUACGCGGUUCGAGGCCCAGCUGCAUGUCAUCCACUCCAACCUGGACAGCUUCACCAAGGACCCGGUCAGUGAUGAGUGGCCUGCAUUCCAGAAGGAGUUCAACGUGGACACCAAGACUAGCGCCAUUGCGGCCGACCUCGAGAAGUACCCUGAGCUCAGGGCUGCCAUGGAGAAGCUUGUGCCAGAGCAGGUGGAGUAUGCGACGUUCUGGUCCCGGUACUAUUUCCUUCGUCUGGUGAUUGAGACCGAGGAGCAGAAGCGCAAGGAACUCCUUAAGGGUGCCAAUGUGAACGAAGAAGAGGAGGUUGCGUGGGAUGACGACUCUGACGACGAUACCGACUCGCCUGCGACUCCCCAAGGCAAACCCACCAAGCCCACCGAAGCUCAGAGCUCGGCUCCCGCCACUGAGAAGAACAGCCUUCUGAAACCCAACGAGCCCCGCCGCUCCAACGACCAGCAAUCCCAGGCAGACAGCGAAUCCAGCUAUGAUGUCGUCAGCGGUGCCACCAGCCGAACCCCCGCGAGCCCCAAGGACAAAUCCAAGGACGACGACAGUGACGAGGACUGGGAGUAAAGGGGUUAAUUGACUUUGUGAAUGCGGCAUAUAGAGCAAAUGAUCGAUUUACCCAGGCCAUUUGUGAACAGGUGCCAUGUGGACUAUUCCCUUUGACCGCUGGCUGGUCCAAGAGAAGAUCCAACUGGACGUGAUGGGGUGACGUUAUACGGAGUGGUGUUCUACGGCGCUAGAUUUGUCUUUUGUUCUUAUUUUCGGCGUGAUGGGGAUUCCUCUCUACUUUUCUUUAUAUUUGUUCUCUAGCGAGUGAAUGUUCCUUCAUUGAUAUCGAGUGAUUGCGUGUAUCUGGUCGUGUCUUCCUUUGUGAUGAUAGUCAUCUGAUUUGAAAUUGAGUCUAACUACAAUCAUGAACAUACUCU